CCACCACUUUCUUCAUCCACAAGCUUCUUAUUUACAUCACUCAUUGACUUUAUACCUAAGACAUGGAGUAUAAAGCCAGCACCACAGAAGCCAAGUUUCCUGAGACUCGAAAAAUGGCUGCAAGAGCUCCAGUUGCAAUAGGCACGCGAGGCACUGUGGGGUCUCUUGUCAGGAGGGAGAUUGAGUACUUUGGUAAGCUUGAGCUAGACCGGCGUGGAAGCUCAGUGAAGCCCCGGGGGAAAAUGGUGGACAUGAGCUCCAGGAAUUGUGAUUCUAGCAGGCCUAGUUUCUGGUUCUUGAGGAUGACCUGGAAAUGGAAGAGGCAAAGAGGGAGCAGGCGGUUCUUAUCAAACAUAUGUUCUGCGGCGGAAGUUGUAGAAAACAAUCGGCUAAAUGGCAUUCCUGGGUUCAAUUAUAGGUCCCUCAAGGAUGAUAUUGACAACUUGAGCAUUUAGAGUUUUUUUUCUUUUGCUUAGCUCUCUCUUCCAUUUUGCUAUAGCACUGUACCAAUGAACCUUUCUAUCUUCUCAGGGGUUUCCAUCUUGUAAUUAUAUCUGUAUUGUUGACGUUGCUAUAGAUUUGUCAUUUCAAAGAA